AUGGCGCUACAUCAGAGAAUCAACCUGUAUGCGGCUUGCCGAUGUAGGCCUUGCCUUCGGGCCCGCUCCGGGCCCGCUCCGGCCCCAAAAGUAUCGGCGCAAAUGAACGAGCAGAUAGACUCUGAUGAAGAGGCGAACUCGGACGAGAAGGCAGACCCAGUCGAGACCGAACACGACGAUAUAGACAAGAGCGCAGACUGGACCUGCGAGCCACCGGAUGCAGCAGACCACGACCUGACGCGGUCCGAGUACGAGUCGGAUACCGACGAAACUAUGUGUCCUGAGUGGUAG